UCUUCUCCAGUGCUUCAAUGGUUGGUUGUGUGAGAUCUUGUACCAUGUCUAUGAAUACAGAGGGAAUGCAGAUAAAUCUCAUCGAUGGCCCUGAUCCGGAUUGCCAAGAUUGCAUGAAUAGUGCAGAGGUGCGAUAUUCAGUUUUGCAGACCCCGAGUUGUAAUGGGAAGCGACCGUUUUUCCAAGAACCUUUCAAGGUUGCAACCGCAUGCCUAGUUGCCUUCUGCCUUCUCUUACUCAUGGUUCUGGUUGCCACGAAUGUGCAGAGUAAGAAUUCAUCUGUUCAGGAUGUCACCUCUGGUUCUGAUGAAGCUCACAUGCUGAAAACCUAUCCUAAUGUAACCACAUUGACAUCAGAAUUAGAGUCUCUAAGAAAAGAGAAAAGUGAGCUGGAGAAAGAGAGGUCACAACUGAAAGCCAAAAUCGCUGAGCUACACUGUAACGAAUUGCUGUAAAAACUACAGCGUUAUUUUACAGAAGCUGACUGUAUUUUAAAUAAUACAGAAUAUUGCUGUAAAGUGCAAUGCAUUCUGGGGUCACGUGACGGAUUAACUCAAUGUACAGAAUAUUGCUGUAAAUUUAAAAUCUACAAUGGCGGGAUGAUCUUCAACAGUCGAGAUUGGUGUAGUGCGCAAAAUGAAUGAUUCACACCUGUGGACACACUUUGCCAUGCAGGCCACUGGAUGCUGACUACUGAAGGUUAGGUUGUGUGUGACGGUGCUCAGCACAGCUUCAUGUCUGGCCUUCCCACUCUGUUCAUAGCAUGUUACAUAUUCAGGCUUGAGUACCAGGAUGGGGCAGCGUGUAUCUUGGAGUCCAAUGAAAGAUAUUAAUCCAGAGAGUGGAACAAGAAGCGUCAUCUAAAAUGCCAGGAUACAGAAGAAACAGGUUGCAGUGAACCCACAUGUUGCCGCUCUUCUAAACACAAUGAUGAAUAUUCAGUGUAAUCGAUGAAAAUUCCAGCUACUUGUUGUGCUCUGAUGGAUCAAGAUGUGGACCGUUUUACAGACUCACUUGGGCCUUGUUUUGCAAUGUUGUUUCAUGAUGAAGCAUCCACUCCCACUCCAGUUCAUGUGACAACACAGUCCACUCCUGGGCAAGUGACGGCGAAGGAUUCCUGCCCGUCUGACUGGCAUUACUUCAGCGGCAGCUGUUACUUUAUUUCUGUUGACAGCGAAGACUGGCCAGACAGUCAGGCUUUCUGCAAGCAUAGAGGCGGGCACCUGGCCAUCAUCCACACACCUGAAGAACAGACUUUUAUCUGGGACCUGCUGCCACGUGGUCACUGGAACGCUUACUGGAUUGGCAUAAGUGAUGAGAAGGUAGAAGAUGACUGGUACUGGGUGGAUGGAACCAAACUGGUUGGAGGUUUCUGGGAGGAUGGAGAGCCCAACAAUCAUGAUGAAGAUGAAGACUGUUGUUACAUGGUGAAAACUGAGGUUUUAAGUCGCAUUGCUACAAAGAGCUGGUACGACGCCCCCUGCUAUAUGUUCCGACGCAGGAUCUGUGAGAAGGAGAUAGAUGCGUCCUCUUAAUGCGUCCUUCACCCCGACAUCAUCAGCGAUCAUCCUUCAUAAAUAUUUGGUUUGAGAGUAUUUUGGUGACAACAUUUUGGCAUGAAAUAUAGUGUCUGUGUACUUGUCCUGUACAGUUGUUUGGCUUGAUUUGAGCAUUUAUGUAAGGUGCAUGCGUGAGCCUUGGUAGGGGAUCACGAAUAGGUCUUUAAGCUCAUAGUGUUCUGCUUCGAGUGCUUGUCCUUUUUGCUCUCUUAACUCCUCUGCCCCUCCUUUAUAUUUAGAGAAUUUGUGCUUUAACAUGUUAACUGUCAUUGCAGGUCGUCAUAAAAGUAAACUCUCCAGUUACCUAUCCGCGGCGCUCUGUCUUAAUUCUGAUUGGCCAAUGUUGGUCACGUGUGUCAGUUUCGCAAACAGCUAGCAGUCGUGACUUAUAGAACAAUGCAUUUAGGAGUAACGCAUAUAAGUACGCUUAAAAAACCCAUAGCAACUCACCAGCCCACACACCUCGCGGCCCACCGAGAAUCUCCCGGUAGUCCCGAUGGCCAGGACAUGCCUGUCUCUUACUAUAUACAGGUGCAUCUCAAUGAACUAGAAUAUUGUGAAAAAGGUCAAUAUUUUGUGUCACUCAUUUCAGAAAGUAAAACCAACAUGUUAUAUUGAUUAAUUAAACAUAGAGUGAAAUAUUUCAAGCCUUUAAUUGCUUACAGAUAAUGAAAACCCAAAAUUCAGUGUCUCAGUAAAUUAGAAUAUAACAUUUGAUCAAUAAAAAAAAGGAUAUUUUAAACAGAAAUGUCAGGCUUCUGAGAAGUGUCUCACUCAAUCCUCGGUUGGGCCUCCUUUUGCAUGAAUGACUGCAUCAAUGCGGCGUGGCAUGUAUAGGCAAUCAGCCUGUGGCACUAAUCAGGUGUAAUGGAAGCCCAUGGUGCUGUAAUAGCGGCCUUCAGGUCAUCUGAAUUGUUGGAUCUGGUGUCUCUCAUCCUCCUCUUGACAAUGCCCAAAAGAUUUUCUAUGGAGUUCAGGUCAGGCAAGUUUGCUGGCCAAUCAAGCACAGUAACACCAUGGUCAUUGAACCAAUAUUUGGUUCCUUUGGCAGUUUGGGCAGGUGCCAAGUCCUGCUGGAAAAUGAAAUCAGCAUCUCCAUAAAGCUUGUCAGCAGAAGGAAGCAUGAAGUGCUCCUAAAUUUCCUGCUAGAGGGCUGCGUUGACUGUGGACUUUGAAAACUUCCAUGAUUGCAAUAGCACGUUGCAUAUCCAAACAAUAAGUGAGCGUGUAAAGCGAAGUAAUUCGUAAGCAAGGGCUUGAAACCCAUGCUGCUUACAUACACCUGGAUGCAACAGCGUGUUCCAUAUAUAUAUCCAACAACUUUCGAGCCGCACAGAACAGUGAUCGUGGAUGGCGAUACAAGUUUUAAGUGCAACACGAUUAAGCAGCUGACAUGCAACUUUAAAAAGACGCAGUGUAGUGUGUGUUGUUUGACUAUUGAUUAGCUGCACCUGAUGUGAUCAGCUGAUGCAAGCUGAGCAAACGUGACCUGCCAGAAUUAAUGCUACUCUUGAUGCUAUACAUGUAAUUUAGAGAAUACUAUACAUUAUACUAAUACUAAAUUAACAUCAAACAUCAAAAUGUUAUUUUACUAAGCAGUUCAUUAAAGUGCCAUUUUGUCAUCAGGAUAUUUUCAUAUUGAUUUAUUUCCUAG